AUGACCAUGGCCUGGAAAUACAUCUAUGGGUUACUAAAAACUCAAUCAUCCAAAGUGGAAACAGUUUCAUGAAUUUUUAUAGUUUCAUAGAACAAAGUCAUAAAUCAGGGUAAGUUUAAAAUGCAUACACUGGUGGGUACAGCGGAGAAGUGCUUACAGCCAGAUGAUGGAAGUGUUGCUGUAGGCCCAAGAUGUUUUCUAAUGACAUUCUUAGCGCUUAGGUUUGGGACUUGGUAGUCUCCUAAGUUAAUAGAUACCAAAAUCGUUUUAUCUAUUAUUCACAGGAUGUUAGUUCUGACAGAAUAGGUAAGGAACAGAUGUUCCCAGUGGCUAAAGCUACCCUAUAAUAAGGUAAUUAGCCUCUGGAUCAGCAUUCCAACCUCUACACAGUACUUCAGUUCAAUUGGUUUCAGCUGACACAGAUUCUUCUCAGGAAACUUUGUUCACACCAACAUAGGUCUUAUGUGGACAUUGUUAGGAGUGUGGACACUCAAGGUCCACUCUAACCUUAGAGUUUCAGCAUCUACAAGAUGACAGGACCCACAUGUGAGGAUAUUUGAGAAGCAGUGCUCCAUUUAGCUUAUAAUAAAUUUAAUGUGUUUAUGCUUAAUAUUUUUGUACUUAACUCUUUUUUUCUUUUUGGUUUUUCGAGACAGGGUUUCUCUAUGUAGCUUUGCACCUUUCCUGGAACUCGCUUUGUAGACCAGGCUGGACUCGAACUUACAGAGAUCUGCCUGCCUCUGCCUCCCAAGCGCUGGGAUUAAAGGUGUGUGUCACCACCGCCUGGCCUUUGUACUAAACUCUUAAACUGAGACUCAAAACUUGAAUAACAGUCUAGAAGAGGAAAAGGUAAAAUUCAUAAGGUUCAUCUUAAAUUUUACUAUAGAAUUAUCAACUAAUUUAAGUUCUUCCACAGGAAAGAGCUCUGCACGGACACUUCAGUGAUUCAGUCCUUGGGCACCAUUUCUUAGUAAAAUUUGUACUCUGUUUUAAGCGUAAGUAAAGCAUCCCUUUGAGUUUCUUUACACUGCUUGCUGUGGACACUUGCUAUAACAUCCACUGUAUACUUGAUGUUUAAUUCUUUUUUCAUUCCCUUAGGGCAUCAGCAUCUUCCUCACUCAAAUAUUUCCUUAAAGUAUAUGUUGGUAUUGUCUACUGAUGCCUCCUUACUCCUGAUCUAUAUGAAUAAGUACCACACACACACACACUCACACACACACACACACACACACACACACACACACACACACACACACAGACAGAGACAGACAGACAGAGAUACAGAGACAGAGAGACAGAGACGGAGACAGACAGACAGGCACAGAGAGACAGACAGACAGACACAGAAACAGAAAGAAAGACAGAGACAGGUUUAUGGGGUCUGGAACAUGUUCUUAGAGAGGUCAGAGUGUUAAAAGCUGAAAUUUAGUUCUGCAGGCAGGGAGCAUUUAACAUGAGAUCCUCAUCUCCGAGGCAAUGAAUGGAGGAGACCUGAAGAGGUAACGCAAAGUGGCAGGCGCGGCCACACCCUAGACUGUCUCAGGUUCCUACAAGUAUGCCUACCCUUCCUCUGGUUCAAGGGAAGAAAGCUGCGGAAAGUCACAAGUACCUAAGGCCACAGAGCAGGAACGUUUCCAGUUCCCGGGAGCACAUGCCAACACAAGCUUUCCUAUAAAGAUGACUGUGUAGCAGAAGCUCAGGCUGGGCAAAGAGGACCCCACCCCCCCUUUACACUUUUGCCCAUCCGUGGUGGCCCUCGUCAUCAUCGAGAGCACUGGGACCAGCUUUAUCCUCGGCAGCCCUGGAGAAGCUUUGGGGGAGACGAGUGUAUCCACAAGCGCGUGUGUGCGUGAGGAGGAGAGCAAAGAACGUGAUUACUUCAGAAUUUAUUUAAGGGCCGGUGGAAACCACUGCAGCAGCUUCCAGGGGAAGCCCUUGUUCCAGAGGAAGAGGAGGUGGAGGCUGCCAAGGAGGAGGAGGGGAGGAGACACAGAAGGAGGAGUAGCAGCCGCUUGCAUGAGGCAAGGAUGCUAUAGCAUCCUCACCCGUUCUCAGCAGGGAAAUGGUCCAGGACUGCUGGGUGUGAGCCUCACCUCUCCUCCAGCCGAGACUGCGGUUGUCAGUGAUCCAGUGAAGAAACAGGACCUGAAAUAAGAGACAUUAGCAAUGAUGUGUGAAGUGAUGCCCACGAUUAAUGAGGACACCCCAAUGAGCCAACGGGGGUCCCAAAGCAGUGGCUCCGACUCGGACUCCCAUUUUGAGCAAUUGAUGGUCAACAUGCUGGAUGAAAGGGAUCGUCUACUAGAUACACUUCGAGAGACCCAAGAAAGCCUCUCACUUGCCCAGCAAAGACUCCAGGAUGUCAUCUAUGACAGAGAUUCCCUCCAGAGACAGCUGAAUUCAGCCCUACCCCAGGACAUCGAAUCCCUAACAGGAGGGCUGACUGGUUCUAAGGGGGCUGAUCCACCGGAAUUUGCUGCAUUGACUAAAGAACUGAAUGCUUGCCGGGAGCAACUUCUAGAGAAGGAAGAAGAGAUCUCAGAGCUUAAAGCCGAAAGAAACAACACAAGACUGUUACUGGAGCACUUGGAGUGCCUUGUGUCACGACAUGAAAGGUCACUGAGAAUGACCGUGGUGAAGCGGCAAGCUCAGUCUCCCUCAGGAGUGUCCAGUGAGGUGGAGGUUCUCAAGGCACUGAAAUCUUUGUUUGAGCACCACAAGGCCUUGGAUGAAAAGGUAAGGGAGCGACUGAGGGUUUCUUUAGAAAGAGUCUCUGCACUGGAAGAGGAACUAGCUUCAGCUAAUCAGGAGAUUGUUGCCUUGCGUGAGCAAAAUGUUCAUAUUCAGAGAAAAAUGGCAUCAAGUGAGGGAUCCACAGAGUCAGAACAUCUUGAAGGGAUGGAACCUGGCCAGAAAGUUCAUGAAAAGCGUCUAUCCAACGGCUCCAUAGACUCAACAGAUGACACCAGCCAGAUAGUCGAGCUACAGGAAUUGCUUGAAAAGCAAAACUAUGAAAUGGCCCAAAUGAAAGAACGCUUAACAACUCUUUCUUCACGAGUGGGGGAGGUGGAGCAGGAAGCAGAGACAGCAAGAAAGGACCUCAUAAAAACGGAAGAAAUGAACACAAAAUAUCAAAGGGACAUCCGGGAGGCAAUGGCUCAGAAGGAAGAUAUGGAAGAAAGAAUCACAACCCUGGAGAAACGUUACCUCAGUGCUCAGAGAGAAUCUACCUCCAUUCAUGACAUGAAUGAUAAACUAGAAAAUGAGUUGGCAAACAAGGAAGCCAUCUUGCGGCAGAUGGAAGAAAAGAACAGACAAUUACAAGAGCGUCUUGAACUGGCUGAGCAAAAGUUACAGCAGACCAUGAGAAAGGCGGAAACUCUGCCUGAAGUAGAGGCAGAACUGGCUCAGAGAAUUGCAGCCCUAACAAAGUCUGAUCCAACCUCUUCUACCUCAUCUGAUGAUUAUCAAUAUGUUAUGGAAGCUAAACUCCAAGAAAUGAUCUCCAUACGUAGGAAGGCUGAAGAGAGGCAUGGAAAUAUUGAAGAACGUAUGAGACACCUAGAAGGUCAACUGGAAGAGAAGAAUCAAGAACUUCAAAGAGCUAGGCAAAGAGAGAAAAUGAAUGAGGAACACAAUAAAAGGUUAUCUGAUACCGUGGACAGGCUUCUGACGGAAUCCAAUGAGCGUCUUCAGCUGCACUUGAAGGAAAGAAUGGCCGCUCUGGAGGAGAAGAAUGUUUUGAUUCAAGAGUCAGAAACCUUCAGAAAAAAUCUUGAAGAAUCUUUACAUGAUAAGGAAAGAUUAGCAGAAGAAAUUGAGAAGUUAAGAUCUGAACUUGACCAAAUGAAAAUGAGAACUGGCUCUCUAAUUGAACCCACUAUAUCGAGGACGCACCUAGACACCUCGACUGAGUUGCGAUAUUCAGUUGGCUCUCUUGUGGACAGCCAGUCUGAUUACAGAACCACUAAAGUAAUCCGGAGGCCAAGGAGAGGUCGUAUGGGUGUGCGAAGAGAUGAGCCAAAGGUGAAAUCUCUUGGGGAUCAUGAAUGGAACAGAACUCAGCAAAUUGGAGUCCUAGGCAGCCACCCGUUUGAGAGUGACACUGAAAUAUCCGAUAUUGAUGAUGAUGACAGAGAAACAAUUUUUAGCUCAAUGGAUCUUCUCUCUCCAAGUGGCCAUUCUGAUGCCCAGACUCUAGCUAUGAUGCUUCAAGAACAGUUGGAUGCAAUCAACAAAGAAAUAAGGUUAAUUCAAGAAGAGAAGGAAUCUACAGAACUGCGUGCCGAAGAAAUUGAGAAUAGAGUGGCUAGCGUAAGCUUGGAAGGCCUGAAUUUGGCAAGGGUCCAUCCUGGUACCUCCAUCACUGCCUCUGUUACAGCUUCAUCCUUGGCCAGUUCUUCUCCCCCUAGUGGACACUCAACGCCAAAGCUCACGCCAAGAAGCCCUGCUAGGGAAAUGGACCGCAUGGGAGUCAUGACUCUGCCAAGUGAUCUAAGGAAACAUCGGAGAAAGAUUGCCGUGGUGGAAGAGGAUGGACGGGAGGACAAGGCAACAAUCAAAUGCGAAACUUCUCCUCCACCAACACCCAGAGCCAUCAGAAUGACUCACACGCUCCCUUCUUCCUACCACAAUGAUGCCCGGAGCAGUUUAUCAGCCUCUCUUGAGCCAGAAAGCCUUGGCCUUGGCAGUGCCAAUAGCAGCCAAGACUCUCUUCACAAAGCCCCCAAGAAGAAAGGAAUCAAGUCUUCAAUAGGGCGCUUGUUUGGUAAAAAAGAAAAGGCUCGACUUGGGCAGCUUCGAGGCUUCAUGGAGACCGAAGCUGCCGCCCAGGAAUCCCUAGGCUUAGGCAAACUUGGAACUCAAGCAGAAAAGGACAGAAGGUUGAAGAAAAAGCAUGAACUCCUUGAAGAAGCUCGUAGAAAAGGAUUACCUUUUGCCCAGUGGGACGGACCCACUGUGGUCGCUUGGCUGGAGCUCUGGUUGGGAAUGCCUGCUUGGUACGUGGCAGCCUGCAGAGCCAAUGUGAAAAGCGGAGCCAUCAUGUCGGCUCUGUCGGACACGGAAAUCCAAAGGGAGAUUGGAAUCAGCAACCCUCUGCAUCGUUUAAAGCUCAGACUAGCUAUCCAGGAGAUGGUGUCCCUCACAAGUCCUUCAGCUCCUCCUACAUCUCGCACUCCUUCAGGCAAUGUCUGGGUGACCCAUGAAGAAAUGGAAAACCUUGCAGCUCCAGCAAAAACGAAAGAAUCUGAGGAAGGAAGCUGGGCCCAGUGUCCGGUCUUUCUACAGACCCUGGCUUAUGGAGAUAUGAACCACGAGUGGAUUGGAAAUGAAUGGCUGCCCAGCCUGGGGCUGCCUCAGUACAGAAGUUACUUUAUGGAAUGCUUGGUUGACGCACGGAUGUUAGACCACCUCACCAAAAAAGAUCUUCGUGUCCAUUUAAAAAUGGUGGAUAGUUUCCAUCGAACAAGUUUACAAUAUGGAAUUAUGUGCUUGAAAAGAUUGAAUUAUGAUAGAAAAGAGCUAGAGAGAAGACGAGACACAAGCCAACAUGAAAUAAAAGAUGUCUUAGUGUGGAGCAAUGAUCGAGUUAUUCGCUGGAUACAAGCAAUUGGACUUCGAGAAUAUGCAAAUAACAUCCUGGAGAGCGGAGUGCAUGGCUCGCUUAUAGCCCUGGAUGAGAACUUUGACUACAGCAGCCUGGCUUUAUUGUUGCAGAUUCCAACACAGAACACCCAGGCAAGGCAGAUUCUUGAACGCGAGUACAAUAACCUCCUGGCUCUGGGAACUGAACGGCGACUGGAUGAAAAUGAUGACAAGAAUUUCAGACGUGGAUCGACCUGGCGAAGGCAGUUCCCUCCUCGUGAAGUACAUGGAAUAAGCAUGAUGCCUGGCUCCUCAGAGACAUUACCCGCUGGAUUCAGGUUAACCACAACAUCUGGGCAGUCAAGAAAAAUGACGACGGAUGUUGCUUCAUCAAGGCUGCAGAGGCUAGACAACUCCACUGUUCGCACAUACUCAUGUUGACCAGCCACUCAAAGGAGGCAGCACUGACCUGCUACAUCAUCUUUUCAGUCUACACGACCUAAAGUGUACUACUGCCUAUGAAGACAAACGGAGAAAGCCUUCACGGAGACUGAAUUCUAUGGAAAUAAUAUAAGAAAGGGUUUACCAAACGUUAAACAUGUGAUUUUGGGGGGAAUCAGAUAAUAAGUUUGAUUAGUUUACUAUGAUUGUAAUAAAACGCUUAAAUCAUCUGAAAUAUGAACAUCACCCACGUCAUAAACUCUGUACAUCUGAUGCUUUUAUGAGAUGGAACUAUUCAUUUUUUCAUGUUGUAAUAUAAUAGGCAUUUAUGUAUUACUGUGUAACAUUUCUUUUUAAAUGUGUAAGUCUUCUGUAAAUGGAUAUAAAUAUGAGUUUUUUAAAGAAAAAUAAAAUAUAUGGUUCAUGGA